AUGGUGUGGGUCAUUGCGCUGACCAGGAUGAAGUACCUUGCUUACUGGGCUCUUCUCAUUUCAUCUUCACCCUGCCUAGCUAUUCAGCCGUCAGCUCCAGAUGCCAUACCGGCGCCCAUUCGCGAUCUCCAAUGGGGUCAGCUGAAUUUCCUCCACACUACAGACACCCACGGCUGGCUGGCCGGUCAUCUACAGGAGGCUUCCUAUGGAGCAGACUGGGGAGAUUAUGUCUCUUUCACCACUCGCAUGCGGGAAAAGGCACUCGCUGAGGGGAACGAUCUGCUGAUAAUUGACACUGGUGAUAGGGUUGAGGGGAACGGUCUUUACGACGCUUCGGAACCAAAGGGCGCCUACAUUUCCGACAUUCUGCGUCAACAGCAAAUUGAUGUGAUGUCAGCCGGCAAUCAUGAACUGUACAAGCAGAACACCUCGGAGACUGAAUUCUUGACUAUUGUGCCCAAUUUUCGUGGUAGCUACCUGGCGUCCAACAUUGACAUCGUUCAUCCAACUACCGGAGAGCUCGUUCCGUUAGCUCCACGCUUUAGAAAGUUCACAAGUGAGAAACAAGGCAUCCGCAUCGUCGCUUUUGGCUUUCUGUUUGAUUUCACCAAAAAUUACAACAACACAGUCGUUUAUACGGUGGAGGAUACAAUUAAGACAAACUGGUUCCAAGAAGCCAUUCGUGACGAAGAAGUCGAUCUUUUCCUGGUGAUAGGCCAUGUUCCAGUUCGUUCGAAGGAGUACAACGCUGUUUUCGAAGAGAUCAGAAACGUUAAUUGGGAUGUGCCAAUUCAAUUUUUCGGCGGCCAUUAUCAUAUCCGCGACUAUGCUCGGUACGAUUCUAAAGCGUACGGGCUGGCGAGCGGCCGCUUCAUGGAGACCAUUGGGUUUAUGUCAAUCGACGGUAUGUCCACCAGCAAGAAUCGGCUCAAGCCUGCUCAAGCAACUCCCAGCUUCAACCGACGGUACAUUGAUAACAACCUCUACUCGUUUCACCAUCACACUGGUCAUGAUCGGGAUUCUUUCCCCACAGAGCACGGUCGAAAUGUAUCACAUCUUAUUCAGCAGUCGAGGGAUGCCCUUCAACUGGAUAGGGUCCACGGUUGCGCUCCUCAGGACCUCUGGAUGACCCGAGUAAAGUAUCCUUCUCAGGACAGUAUAUAUACGUGGCUCGAAAAGGAAGUGCUUCCUAGUCAAGUGAAGGAUGACUCUCGCGAUGGGAAGCCCGCGUUGGUCAUUGUCAACACUGGAGCCAUACGCUUCGACAUAUUUAAGGGUCCGUUUACACAAGAUACGACAUUCAUCGUCUCGCCCUUUACGAGCGGCUUCCGCUAUAUCAAGGACAUCCCCUACGAGAAAGCGCAAACGGUAGUAGAAAUUUUGAACAAGCAGCCGCAAAUCUUGACUGCGCCUAAGGAUCACACAAACUUCACACCAUGGACUCUUGCGCCGCCGGAGCAAUCAAUGCAUAUGCACGAUAAGAUUGUGGAAAGCGACGAUGUGGCUGCUCAUUAUCUUACUGAUCAGAGUCGGCUUCCAAUGAGCACACAAUUCACGCCUGAGGUUUUUCCUGGCUACACCACUGCAGAUGAUGGGGGUAUAGACGGUGAUGACACUGUUCAUUCGCCAACAUCAUUCUACCGUGUUCCAAAUUGCAUUCAAGCUCUCAUUUCUCCAGAGACGUCUGCCGAUCCGAACACAGUGGAUCUUGUGUAUAUUGACUUUAUCGAGCCCUACGUGGCGCUGGCCGCCAAAUUUGCGAGUCUUGAUCUCGAUUUUGCACGGGAUAGUGACGUCUAUAUGCCAUUCGAGACUUUAACUGAUCUUAUCUUGGACUGGGUCAAAAAUAACUGGAAAUGCGAAGAUGCGUGA